UUCCGCGCAUCCUAUCCGGCACGUAUAUACGUAUACAAAUGUACGUUUGUGUGCUCAUGUGGAUAUGUUUACGCGAUUUUAAUCUCGCUUCAUCAGGUGCGACAAGAGUGCAUAACAUAUUGAAUUCUCGUCACAGUUUACGCGACUAGGGUCUAGGUAUGCUUCGAGACGGUGAGCUUCGAGAAUUCGAUCUAUCCGUAACACAGGUGCAAAUUCUACGUCCCUCAUUAGUGGAAAUUAAAACUCGUCACUUAAUUAAUCCGACGAAGGAUUAAUCGAUCCAUUUCAUCUGAACAUGGAGUUUCGAAAUCGUCUUUUCGAUGUGAAGACUGAUGUAUCAUCACAGACAAAGAAAAAACAGGCGAAAAAGAAGCUGCGCGGUCCAGACUCACCUUUAUACACAUCUAUCUGGCCGAUGAUCUACGCCGUGCGAGUGUUCGGUCUUGCUCCUUAUGAUUUUUCGCAAGAUCAUCCAGUGCCGUCAAACAUGUAUCUGAUCUUCACGGCGAUCGCUGCCACGCUCUACACACAUUUAUUUUACGUGGUGAUGAAAAAGUUUUUCGCUUUGGACAGAGAUGACAAAGUUCUCGAAGCAACAGAAGACGCGAAGGUGACCAUCAACUACAGCGCGGCGGUAUACGAAUUGGGCUUGACGGCAUUCAAGAGACGCAGCUUCAUCAGGAUAUGGAACGCGCUGCAAGAUUACGAUGAGGAUGUCAGACAGCUCGGUUAUCCCCGCAAUGAGAAGCAAACCGCGAUCGCCGCGUGGUGCGUCACCGUCAUGGCCACGAUCAUUUGGAUCGCCGUUAAUCGUACCGGGAUGCAUGCCUUUGACGAGACAUGGACCAACAAUAUGGGAUACAUGAUUAUCUACGUCGGGAGUUCGAUUGCCGUCUAUAAAUUUGUGGCGAUGGCUUUCUUUCUGGGUCAACGGUUUCGUCAUCUCAACAUGAUAACGAUAAAAAAUCUACCAUCUGCAUCGGAAAAUAUGAUUAUUAUCACAAUUAGCAAAACGACGAUCUUAAAUCUGCACAACAAUCUGAUGAUCGCUGCAGAGAGCUUGGCAUCGAUGUACUCGUUAUCACUACUUUUAUGGUUCGCCAAUCUUGGGCUACAUACUGUGAGCAACUUAUUUUUUAUAAUAAAGUGGGUACUUGAAAAUGGACACGAUCUCUACCCGUGGGGAUCAACGUCGUGGUCGCUGAUAUGUUGCCUGGGCUCCUGGUUAUUAGCGUUUUUCCUCCAGCUGCUAUUACUUCACAUUGUCUGUCACUAUGCUUCCUUUCAAGCUAAUCGCAUGGGUAUAAUUCUUAUCGAGUGGCAAGUGAGAUUGAUGAAAAAAAAUGAUGAAUGCGUAAAACCAUUGUUACAAUUUCUAAAUCGAAGAUUCAACUUUUCCGCUGGCGGAUGCUUUUACGUAAACUUGCCUUUAUUAUGUUCUAUCGCUGCUCUGUCAUCUACAUAUCUAGUUGUAUUACUGCAAUUUCCAUAAUAUAAACUAACACAAGAAAGAAAAAAAGUGUACAAUCAUCACAUUUUGCAAUUAUAAAUUUCAAAAACAUACUUAUUUUUUUUAUUACUAUUUUAUUACUUUUUAUCAUUAUUCUUUUUUUAUUAAGUCAAUAUAUGCGAAAUGCUAAUUUCACGUCCACUAUUUUUAACAUCAAAUCAAACAAAUUUUUUUAAUUGAAAAAAAAAUUACCUAAACUCUUUAUGACAAUAUUAAUAAUAAUGUUUAAUUAAUUCUAUAAUGAAAUAAAAAGAAAUUUUGGAAAA